UUCUUCUCUCUUUUUUCUCUCAAAGAACUAACUUUCUGUUCACUCAGUUGACACUUGCUUGUUGGUUCGUCGGAGUACGCAUGGUUCUGACUGGGUCUCUCUGAGGUGUGCGUGUCCGUCUCUGGGCACCUGGAUGGAUGUUACUAACUGCCAUGAAGCGACUGUUCUAAGACCAGCGCCGAGAGCCAGGAGGCUCGUUAGGGGUGAGACAGAAGGGUCUUCUCAACCCCCUGCUGUCAUGACCGACAUUAUCCAUCACGGACUUCGCAUGUGGACACUCUCAAACCCUUCUACCUGCCUGCCUGUUCCGCUUUGUCUGAAGACAUCUAAAAGGUAGAACAAACGUUUGCUGAGAUAAAAGUGGAGUCUAGCUCCGGAGGUGUCGUGUCUGACAUGCUGUUGUGCUGGUCUGGUCUUGACUUAUGUAGAACAAGUGCUAAAUUCACUAAUUUCUUUUCCUCCCAUCCUUAAAGCUAUUAAUCUUUACUAUUUUUAUUCUCUUUUAUUUAAAACUUAGUAAGCAGCGUACCUGUAAGUUACAACAUCUGAAACUUACUGUUUAUGACAACUCUGAGGUGGAAUUCAUAUGUCGGAAAUAUAACUUGUGUUUAUUAUUCAUAUAAUAUUUUUAAUAAAUGUUUGUGUGUUUAAUCCUGUUCAUAUAUCUAAAAAUAAAUUACAUUAUUUUGGAAAUACGUUCAGGUCACAAGUUUUCAUUUCUCAUUCAUGAUCAGGAUGGUGUUUCAUCAUUGUCUGGGAUUUCAUAAUGCAAGAUCUUGAGGGAUUAUUUUGUGAGAUUGGGCUGGUCCUAAUUUCAUAGGGUGGUCUCUUACACCUGUUUAGAGGGGAUGGACCUGAUGGGGGUCCUGCGGGGUCAAACCUGGUCUUGGUCCCUGCUGAGUCAGUCUUUGUGGACCGAGGAGGAAAGACUUGAUGAACUGCAGGAUUCAGCUUUUUAAGAUCUCAGCUGGUUUAAGCUGCUUCUUAGACUUCAGUCUCUAAUGGCUCAGCUGGACUCAGCAGGACCCAGCUGGACUCAGAUCCUGCACUCAGAAUGUUCCACGUCACGAGGUGCGGGGCGGUGCGUCACUUCCUGUUUGAUGGAGCACAGGUCUGACCUCAGAGGUGAGCCUCCUGAUUGGCUCCAUGUUUCAGUAAAUAUUGUCCAGGUGACCUUGGAGCCGCUCUCAAACACUAUAAACCGUCCAGACCCCAGCGGGGCGGGCAGAMGACCGGCUCCCUGAGUCCGUCAGAACCAUGGUCCGAGGCAGGCUGCUGCUGCUCGGCGCCUCUUGCUGCCUGCUGGUGGCUUUGGGGCGCUGCGACGAGCCGCCGGAGGAGCCAUCGCCCCAAGACCACCUCAUCAAGACCGAGGAGGAGAAGGCACUGAUUGAAGCUCUGCAGGYAGUCCUGGAGAAGCUGCAGAACAAACGACCGUCGUCGUCUGAGAAGAAGCUGGGCUGGCUGCCGCCGUGUGACGCAGGGCAGCAGUGUGCGGCCCGUAAAGGUUCCAGGAUCGGGAAGCUGUGCGGAUGUCCCAGAGGAACCGUCUGCAACUUCAGCGUCCUUAAAUGUGCAUAAAGCUCCAACAAAAAGGUCAAAUACAAAAAAAUAUAUAUUUACUUUUAGAAAACCUGCUGGGAGUGUUUCUUCUUCUGUGCUUCAGAGAAACCGUUACAUUGUUUCAAACUAUUACCCUGGAUUUACACUAUUUUACUACGGGAGCGCAGGUCGCAGCUGUUAUUUAUACAGCAUCACCUCCUCUCCGGUGCGACACACAGAGGAGCAGCGUGUGCAGGAAGGAGAUCGUACAAUAAGUCCAGUGAUAAAUGUAGA